AGCUAUCAUCUUUCGCGUCUUUUUCUUACAUUGAAGAACUAUAUAAGAAAUUCGCGUUCUGGGUAUUAAGUACAUUUCAAACUACAUUUGGAUUAGCCGUAAAAACCUACAAAUUACGCCAAAGCUCUGUCUCUUAUCAUGAAAGGCCAACGAUUGUGGCCUUCUUCAUUACCCAUCUUUCUAUUUACUGUGUUGACGAGCUUAACUUUUGAAUGUUCGGCUGAAUUUGACUCGUUAUUGCAGCUCCCACUUUCUAGGCUCAACACAACUCGACCCAGAUCCAAAGGGAUUUUCUAUCUUGGCGAUUUCGGGGCAAAAGGAGAUGGGAUUAGCAAUGAUACUCAGGCACUCAUGGAAGCCUGGAAGGUGGCUUGUUCUUUCCCAACUAGAGCACGAAUUGUUUUUCCAGCUAGUAAUACUUUUCUGGUGCACCCUCUUGAGCUUCAUGGCCCUUGUCGUUCAAGGGUGACCUUGAGGAUACAUGGCAUAAUCAAUGCUCCUAAAGAUCCAAAUGCCUGGGCUGGUCUAAAUCCACGGAAAUGGCUUUACUUCUGUGGGGUGAACCAUCUGACUCUUGAAGGCGGAGGAGAGAUCAACGGAAUGGGCUAUGAAUGGUGGAUGAGCUCUUGCAAGAUUAACUCAACAAAUCCGUGUCGACAUGCUCCAACAGCCAUCACUUUCCAUAAGUGUAAGAAUGUAAAGAUUCAUCAUCUAUUAGUAAUUGACAGCCAACAGAUGCAUGUUGCUUUCACAAACUGUCUACGCGUUGUUGCCUCUAAUCUCAAAGUGAUCGCUCCUGCCUUUAGCCCUAAUACUGAUGGAAUCCAUAUCAGUGCAUCGAGGGGUGUCAUGGUCAAGAAUAGCAUCAUUAGUACAGGAGAUGACUGUGUCUCCAUAGUCGGUAAUUCUUCAAGGAUCUUGAUCAAAGACAUUGCCUGUGGGCCAGGCCAUGGAAUAAGUAUUGGAAGCUUGGGAAAGCAAAACACCUCGGCACAGGUACGUAAUGUAAGAGUUGAUGGAGCUGUUUUGUCAAACACCAAAAACGGAGCAAGAAUUAAAACAUGGCAGGGGGGCAGUGGCUCUGCCACUGAUAUUACCUUCAAGAACAUGUUGAUGAAAAAUGUAUCAAAUCCAAUCAUCAUAGAUCAGUAUUACUGUGACUCGAACCUUCCAUGUGCCAAUCAGACAUCAGCUGUUAAAGUGGAAAACACAUCAUUCAUUCACAUCAAAGGAACCACAGCAACAAAUGAAGCCAUAAAAUUUGCUUGCAGUGAUACAUUACCAUGUGUAGGAUUAUAUCUAGAAGACAUUCUACUCUUAUCGAAAGAUGCCGAGAUUUCAACGUCUUCCUGCUGGCAAGCAUAUGGUUUGAGUUCAGGGCCUGUUUAUCCACCGUCGUGCUUUCUCGGUAAUGAAAACUUCAUUCAGCAAAAGGUCCAGCCAGACCCUACUUCUCAUUCUUUUUAGAGACAAACUUCUGAGGCUUUGUAGUUGCAUAUAAGCUUAUGAGAGGUUCAUGUCUUAUUCUGCUUAUUGUAAUUUGCUGAUGAGAGGCUGUGAUGUUGUAUGUAUUGUAUUUGUAUGUUCUGUAUAAACUAAUGGAAAAACUUCAUAAUACAAAGCGGAGCAGAAGCAAUUAAAAUGUGAAA